AUGUCUUCGUCUUAUUCUUCUCCCCUCUUGCACAGUAGUCGGCCGGGCAGACCUCCUAAGCGCAGCCUACCCCUGUCUCUGUCACAGACGGUGCACAUGCUCCAUGGCUUGCAACAGGGAGACCCACUCAAGAAGCCCAAGAUGGAAAAUGGACUAGCUGGUCUGAAGGCACCUCUGCCGUUCAAUGGUUAUGACAGUCUGAUGGCAGGGGCUUCACCCUACCUCCUGACCACCCACCCAGCCCUGGUCUCAAGCAGCGCCUUCCCUGGCCAUCACAUCUCCUCCCCAUCGAUCUACACCAAUGGAAGCUUCAUCACCAGUGCCGCCUCCAUCCAGAACAGCCUUGGCAGCCCCAACAGCAAAUCAUCGUCGGGAAGCGGGGAGCACCCAGGCACCGACAACGAGAGCAUAUCGCCCCGGACUGACCACUCCUCGGGCGGCGGGCCCGGCUCGCGCGAGUUGGCCUCGCCGCCGGGCGACAGCGAGUUUAACGGUGAGGAUAAGGAGGUGGAUAGGAAGCACCAGCGAGCAAUGGCCGCUAUGGAACACAGCUUAGCAGCCCACGCUCGAGACGACCUCCCGACCACCUCCCCACCAAGCCACACCAACAACCAUUCCAAGACAUCACACAUGAAUGGCCUGCUGGCCGUGGAUGUAUCCAGCUCCCGAUCCUCCUCCUCCCAUUGCAAUGUCUCGCCCGACAGGGAGCGACCGGUCCAGCCCAGCUCCCAUUCCACCCCCCACCCACACCCCCAUCCCCAUCAUCCCCAUCAUCACAAUCCCCACUCCCUGAGUACCUCCAUGGGUUUGUCCCUGGACCGUAGCGCCGCCGCUGCCGCUGCCAAGGAGAUGUUUGCCCCCCAGGGCCCCUCCUCCAUCGAGACGCUUCUGACCAACAUCCAGGGUCUGGUGAAGGUUGCCGCUGACAACGCCCGGCAACAGGAGAAACACAUUCACUUGGAAAGAGCCGAGUUGAGACUCGAACUGCUGAGAGAACGAGAACUGAGAGAGUCGCUGGAGAAACAACUUAUGGGCGAACAGAAGAGAUUGGCCAUCAUCUUGAAACGACUGAAGAAAGAGAAGAAGGCCAGAAGACGUCUGCAGGAGCAACUGGAGCACAGCCACAGCAAGAGACACGGCAUGACGUCAGAGACUGAGGCUGCGGCUAUCGCAAGGCAGAACUCCACCGAGUCACUGCGAGCGCUCAACGGUGAGUGUGCAGAAUCUUUAUCACAUGAGUUGGAGAAGGAGCGCAUCGCGAGAAGCGAAUCGGACAAGAAGUCUGCGGCAUCCGACAGCAGUCCGAUGUCCUACAGUCCCCCGCCGCCAGCCCAACCACCAUUCCAACAGGACCAAGCAUAUGCUCAUCUGUAUUACAAGCAUGCAGCUAUGUUCUCUGCCUAACCAAGUAGACUGGUCACCACAGCGGAUGCCUGCUCGUGUCUCAUCAUUCCCAAGGGUAAUCAGGCAGCAACGUUUGGAUUAUUGAGCUUCUGUGUGCAAAACCAAUUGGUCUGGUGCCCAGAGACCAGGAAAGUCAACUGUGUUGGUAUUAUUAAUGUAUCGUAUCUCAUCUCUCACACAAGUGGAUGCCGAAUCAAACGGUAUUAUUCAUAGUUUUGAAUUCUCGAAAUCCCUCAAGUCUCGGAUGUUGAAAAAAUUCAGUGUAAAAUGCAUUUCGUGGGCGGCCAUCUUGGAUUUUAAAUAUUUCUGAUUGGGUGUAUAGGUGAGUCCCAACAAAGAUGCAUGCAGUGUACAGAAUAGUUAAAUGACAAACUCGUCAGGUGGGAUUCUUCAUGUGGGCCAUAUGACCAUCUGAUUUUUUAUUUAUUUUAGACGAUGCCAAACUGCUCGUGAGGAAAGCAGCAUUUUUAAUAAAGGAGUGUAUAGUUUUUGAGUUUUCAUAAUUUAUAGUUGCGAGUGUAAUGUGAUUUAUUUUAUUAACGAGUGGGACGUUUGUGAGUAAAUAAUGAAUGACAAUCAUAGAAAAUAGGACCAGUCUUAUAGUGCAUACAUUCCCAGUGGAGUCCAGUGGAAUUUCAGUAUGGAUCCCGGACUUCACAAGUGUUAAGUAUCUUAUAAGUAUUAAUCAGAUUUUAUUGAAGUAAUACACUGUAGAUAGAUUGAUGACAUCCGAAUUCACAUCCCAGUAAUACGUUAUGAUUUUUUGUUAAUUGAUGUUUUUAUUCUUAAUUAAAUAAACACUCAGGGUCUUUUAACGGCUUACUCCCCUUGUUUUAUUUAUCUAUGCACACAUAGACGCAAAUAACGAAGAUGUAAAUUUGGAUAUUUGUAAGGACCAAACAUUCUUAAAACUGUACUUGCCGAAGUUAUUCGAUUCCAAACCGACCAUUCAUAAGGAAACACUUUCCGGUAAAAUCAAAGGUGGUUUUUAACCAUUAGGCAUAUCAGAUUUGUUUAUAGGUGGCAGUGUCAUGUCAAAGUUUCAUGUUAACUGAAGAUGUCCUGUUGAAUCUGUGGCUUGAUUUCUUAACAUCAUUCACUUGAAUGCAACUUUAUUCGUGAUUGGUAUGUGAAGUACCACAAACGGUACAAUUUGAGAAGUGCUGCUGCUCUUCUUAAGCCCUGCAAUUUAUUGCAACUGUUUUUCCAUGUUUGGUGAAGCUAUGAGCUCUUUCGUACGGGAUAUCGUAACAGUUAACUAUUGUAAAGUGCAUAGUCUAUCUUGCUUUGAUUGACACUGACCAUAUCAUGUUAUGUAAAACAACAAAUUCACUAGUAUUUAAUGUGCAAGUUUGAAUUUUAAACCCGACACAUCUAAAUGAAUGGUAAGAAAUCAAACAAAUAUUCAUAAAUAAAUUUGCAGGCCUCAUUUGUAUAACUUGCAUUUAGUCAACAAACUUUCUAUAUGCUACUAAUACAAAUGACAGAUGCAUUCUGUCAUGAUUGGCGCAUGUCGUCUCUGAAGUCAGUCAACAAUUGAAAUACACUGCAAGUUUAAAGUCUGAAAUUGGGCCUGUGUCCCUUGUCAAUGCACACAAACAUUCUAUACAAAUAUAAUGAAAGUUCAACAGAAUUUGCAAGGCAUCCUGGGAUAGUACACAGCGUGGUAUAACUAGGGUCACCAUUUACCCUAAUCCUGCAGUCUGCUAAAUGAAUCCUGUCUUUCGACAGAUUUCUUGAUUAGUAGUCGGCAUGACAAUCAAUUUGAAAAUUCACUAAUCACUCCAUGUAGAAUUGAACUUGAUUAAAUUAAUUUAAAGUGUGAUGUAUUCAUUUAACGUAUGAGUUUUCUAAUCAUAUUUAAGACGACAUUGAAUAAUUUCAGUUGUGUUUAUCAUGUAAAUUAGCAUCUAAAGUUAAUCAGGAAUGAUGUAGCUUUCAUUGAAUUUUUGAUUCAAGUUUAAAAUGUGAAGUCAUAAUUAUAGCUUUAUGUUACUUUCAAACUGAAAUCAGCCCAUGACUUUAAAGCAUCACACAUUGAAUAUAAACAGGGCCACUUUCGAAAAUGCAUCAAAUUAGUUUUUUGUUGUUCACAAUCCAAACCAUUGUUCUGUGAAUUCUCUGAUUGACUGUGGAAAUGAUUUCGAACAAAACUGUUUACAGUUUUUCAGGCAUCAAAUUUCCUUACUAUCACUUGGAAAUUCCAUAGUUAGCUUUUAAAUUUUUUCACAAUGGUUACAGAAAAGAGUCUUGAAAAGCCAUGGAGUAAUUUCCGAUCUAUCUGUGGGAUCUCUGACUACUCUGUAAAAAAAUUCUAAAAAUGCUUAGCUCAAGUUAACUGUAUUACAACAGUCAAGAGUGAAAAUGAUUUGGGAAAAUUCAUAGAGCAUCUUCAUUUCCGCCUCUAUUCCUUACUAGUCGGUAUCAAAUUUCUGUGACCAAACUGUAAUUCCAUGUUUCUGUGGACACGGAAUAUCAAUUGUGUGUGCAUGGAAAAGAUUCCGGAAAAGGAAAUAGUCAAUAUGAUAUUAACAUUUUGCUGCCACGUUUUUCCUAUGUUGUUUGUGCGCAAAAUCUACUGCCAAUAAUAAACACUGUUUGUGACAAUUAGUGGGAAUCAUCAAUGAAUAAUAGACAUGUUUUAAAAUUGCUUUUUUUUGGGGGGGGGAUGAGUGAUAAUGAGUGUUUAUGUGAACCCCACAAUGCAAUACUUCUCUAUUAACUGCAUGUACCUUGUCAUGGAUAAUUAUAUGAUGAUAAGAAUAACUUGUGAAAUUUUCUAUCGAGAGAAAUACCGGCUUGGGUGUAGGUUUUUUCAUUCUUUUUUCUUUUUUCUAUUUAUCCCCGGUUCCCCGAUACCAAAAGGACAGAUGUGUGCUAAAUUAAAGUUUGGUCACCAGGGUAACACAUAGAAUUAAAAGAAAUUUAACAGUUGACUAAAUGAUUUUGUAAUAAUGUACAUACUUUCCAUUAUUAUGACUAAAUCUUUGAAGAUGAAAUUUUGUGCCAAAAUCUCUGUGAAAUAUUUGAUACAUGAUGUGACAUUGGAAGAAUGCAUCUUUUUCCAAACAAAAUCAUGUCCAUGAAAUCCUUCAGUAAUUUUACAGAUUCGUGUAAUAAUGUUCUUGACUAUUUCAACCCACCUUGAUGAAUUUUAGCUCACAGUGCAUCAAAUUUCCAGCGAGAUCUUUGAUUCUUUUUGUUAGUUGUAGUUAAGCGCGAUUUGACUGAUAGUCUUUGGAAGUGGAUGUGAUAUGGAGCAUUGUGUGCCCAGGAAAUUGUUGGGGAUUUGGACAUGCACGUAGGGAGUAGGCCCCAUUCCGGUUUUAAUAUUGGAUUCUGUGAUUGAUGGAAUUCAUGUCUUGUUGCAUUUAUAUCAAAUCUUCAGUGUUCUUACAAGCAUCUUGAUGGUCUCAAUUCCUUAUAUAUAAAUAUAUUCUUUCAUUGACAUAUUUGAAAUGUAAAUAAAUAGCUAGAUAGCUUACAGAUGUACAUACAAAAAAGUGAGCAAUGUAAUUAAAACAUUUGUUUUUUUCUUGGAAAGGAACGUAAUGCCAGAGCUUGCAUGAGUUCUGGUGUAUAACUAAUAUCGUGAAAAAUUCCCGAAAUUGAUUUUUUUUUUCCACAGCUUUUCUUGUAAAUCUUUCAAUGAAAAAAUUAAUAAUUUGUAUUUUUGAAUGUCUUUCUUGUAGUUAGCAGCAGUGUGCAUGUGUCAUUUUUGGAUUCUGUAGGUUUGGAUGUGUGUGUUUCUGGUAGGAUCACUUCUAGUUGCAAUCAGUUUUUGUAAUAUAUAAAUUGUUGAUUUCUUUUGUUAGUUUUUAAACACUUGUACAAAGUUAAAGUUUGAAUUGAGGAUGUCCCACCAUUUUGUUUUGGAGUAAAAGCAAAAUAUACAAACACCAUUUUUUUUUUCUCUCGUGAGAGAUCAUUGGUGAUAAGUUGCAAUAUGGAUAAUUUGACCCGUUCUAGGUUUUUUAAUGUUAUUUUGAAAAGUAAUUCUGUAGAUGCAAACUCAUAAUCUUCUCGGUGUAACCACGUCAUAAUGCAUUUGAGUAUUAAACCCACAAUGGUUUACAUAAGUCCUGUUUGUAAAAUGUUUUGACAUUUGGUUGAGAUUGUCGGGGUCAAUGGGGUUGCAAAUCAUUCAGUUUCCAAAAUAAAAAAGUAUUAUUUAUAGCUAUUAUUCAUUUUGAAAUGUUGUGUGGAUGGAAAAACUGGCACUUAACAUAUCACUCAUUGAUGUAAUUUGUUGGAAUAGGUUUUUUAAUUUAGGCAGUAACAAAUUUCAGAAUGAAGGUUUUGCACUUAAUGGGUAAAUGGUGUAAAGUUUGUUAAAAAAACUCAUAAAUUUCCCUCAAAAUUGUGUGUUUUAAGAGGCAAUUGCAACCCCAUCCCUGCCAAUUCUACCAUGGGUUUCUUUCAGCAAUUAUGUAACUGCCAUUAAAUUAAAAAAACCUCUUAUAAUUCUUUCAAAAAAAUCUUCAGAAUCAACUCGUCGUGUAAUUUAUACAUUCGACAAAGUGGUAUUGCAAUAAAAGAAAACUUUGUAUUUUAA